AUGGCCGGUGUGCAGGGUGGUGAGGGUGACGACGACGAGUUUUUCAAGAGCGUCUACGCCAAGGGCUACACAGCGCCCGCGCAGGCGCACGCGGCGGUCAAGGCGGAGAAGCGGAAGGGCGGGGACGAUGCGGAGGUCGGCAGGCAGCGCGAGGAUGCGGGGACGGACGUACCGACAGAUUUCGGCGGGAAGUACAGCAAGGCGUGGGAGGCGAAGGCGAAGGCGGCGGAGCGCAACUGGAAGAAGCGGCGCGAAGACGACCUCACAUGCAAGAUCUGCGGAGAGGCGGGGCACCCCACUCAGGGUUGCCCCACCACUCUCGGCGGGGGCGGAGGUGGAGGGUUUGGCGGGGAGGGGGGCGGGCGGGGGGGCGGCGGAAAGCGCCAUGCGCCGUCCGCGGCGCACCCGUUCGCAAUCAGCAUCGGGGUGGCGGACCGGCGCAUGCGGUCGCGGAUAAUCGGCACGGCGGGCAUGGUGGUGCAGGGCCUGGAGAAGCAGACCAACUGCCGCAUCCAGCUCGAAGACGAUCUCGCCGUCGGCGACGGCGCGUUUAUCGUUAAGAUUUCUGCGACCGAUCGCGACACGCUCGCGGCGGGGGAGAGCGUGGUGCGCGGGUAUAUUGAGCAGCUGCAAUUGGAUAGUUUGCGGAAGGGCGGCGGGAUACUGGGCGGGCCGGCGGCAGUGCAGAUGGCGCUGACGGCGCUGGCGCACGACCCCGCGCAGCAGCAGCUGCAGCAGCAGCAGCGCAUGUGGGCGGCGGCGACGGCGGAGGUGGCGGGGGAGGCGGAGAUGGUGAUUGGGGGGGAGGCGGAGGACGCGACGCUGAGGCUGAUCGCGGCGCAGCUCGAGGCGCAGCGGCAGGCGGGCGGAGCGAUGGUGGGCGUAGCGGGGAUGGCGGCGGAUGGGGGGCCGCUGGUCGCAGUGAGGCCCAUGGGGGGGAUGGGCGCGGUUGGCCCCAUGGGGCCGAUGGGGGCGAUGGGGGCGAUGGGACCGAUGGGAGCGAUGGGAGCGAUGCUGCCUGGGAGCGCCAUGGGCGCGUAUGGGGGACAGGUAGAAUCGAGUGGUAUGGGUGGUGCAGGUGAGUGCGUGCAUCCAAUUGCUUCUCUCCUUUCCCCGCCGUCCCGUUUCUGCGCUGCUCCGCUCAUCCCCCGCGCCCUCCCGUUGCCGCCCCGCCCGUACACCCAUCCCCUCCACCCGCCAGGCAUGCCGAUGCUGCAGCUGCCGCCGCAGGGCCCGCUGCCGUCGUCCGUGGAGGAGCUAGAGGCUGUGGUGGCGGCGGAGGCGAGCGCGCUGCAGCAGGCGCAGGCGCGCGAGGAGAAGGAGGAGACGGACCGCCACACUCUGCGCAUGGAGGAGAUCCGCGGGCGGUUCACAGCGCUGGCGUCAAGCCUGUCGUCGCGGCAGGCACAGCAGCGCGCCCAGGUGUACCUCAAGCUCAGCCAGCAGCACCCCCACCAGUUCCAACCUCCCCCCGCCCAGCCCCGGCCCCCACUGCAGCCGCAGCUUCAGCCCCGCCCCCAGCAGCAACAGCCCCAGAAGCCACAGCAGCAGGCGCCAUCUCAAGCCCACGGGCAGCCGCAAGGUCAGGUGCAACCCCAGGGUCAGGUGCAACCCCAGGGUCAGGUGCAGGCUCAGGCGGUGCCACAGGGUCAGGGAGUGGGUCAGGGAGGAGGGGGGUACGGCUAUGAGGGCUAUGGGCAGCAGCAGACUGGCAACCAGGGUUGGCAGCAGCACCAGCAGCAGCCUCCGCCACAGGAGCAGCUGCAGCAGCAGCAGCAGCAGCAGCAGGGCGCACAGCACAGCUACGGAGGGCAGGGUGGAGCAAACGAGUACAGCCAGAACCCAGGUUAUGGCUACUCGGCCCCUACGUCCAACUCUUCUGCUGCUGCUCCCCCUGCUGGCAGUGCAUGGAACCAGCCUGCACCCCAUGCCGAGGCUUAUGGCGGUGGGUACUCUGCUCCUGGUGCAGCACCAGCAGGGGGCGCUGCUCCUGGCUACAAUUAUCACCAGCAACAGCAACACCAGCACCAGCACCAGCAGCAGUACCCCCCCGGUGCCAACCCUUCGCCAGGUGCAGGGGCAGCUGGGCCAGGAGCGCCAGGUGCUGGGCAGUACCAGUCGUAUGAAGCAAACGGUUACCAGCAACCACCUGCCCCUGGUGCAGCCAAUGCAGGCUAUUAUUCUGGUUAUGGCAGCGGGCAGCAAGGUCCAAAUGCGGGGGCACCAGGUGCAGGACCUCCUCCAGGAGGUUAUUAUGGCGCCGUGCGCCACCGCAAGGGCGGAGAGACAGCCGUGGCGGCAUUCCCGAGGGCAGUCAGCGGACCGGAACGACCAACCAAACCCGAGGCCAGUCAGAAGCGGCGGCAAAAGUGUAGUCAGGCGUGCGCACCUGGCACCCGCCUGACCCACAUCACCCGCCUCGCCCGCCCCUCCUCCCCCAACUCCACGCAGCUCUCUCUGCUCAAUGCCUCGCUGUUCCUCUUCUUCCCUCCUCCCACGGGUCAGUGUCCCAAGUUCGUCUCAGUCUCGGAUGUGAUCAACGUGUCGUAUCUACUCAUAGCCACCGGGGUAGUGUACCUGGGGUUACUGGUAGUAGGCGGCGGGUCGGAGGCGCGGACGGAGUGGGACACGGGGAACAUCGACGCGGUGGAUCAGGACAUGUUUCGGCGAGCCAUGGAGCAGCCCACGCAGACGGAUCUCGCGGCCGUGCAGCCCAAGAUCGCGUUCCUCUUUCUCGUCAGAGGACCGCUUCCGCUCGAGCGAGUCUGGCAAAGAUUCUUCCAGGGCCACGAGGGGCGCUACUCCAUCUACAUCCACGCCUCCACCGCCGAUUACGAAUGCGACAAGCACGUCAACUCUUCCGUCUUUCGCGGCCGCCAAAUACCCAGCGUUCCUAUCACGUGGGGCGGUCCCAACCUCAUCCGCGCGGAGCGCCGGCUGCUCGCCGCGGCGCUUGCGGAUCCCGCCAACCAGCGCUUCGUUCUGCUGUCGGAGUCGUGUCUGCCGCUGUUCAACUUCACGCACGUCUUCGACUACCUCAUGGCGUCCGACAAGAGCUUCGUUACAAGCCAUGCGAGCGUGUGGCGGUACCGCAAGGAGAUGGCGCCGGUCAUCAAGGGCCAGGACUUUAAAAAGGGAUCGCAGUGGUUCGCGCUGACGCGAGCGCAUGCAGCAAAGGUGGUGGAGGACAGCAAGUUCUACGAGACCUUCGUCAAAACUAACGCUGAGAUUCCCGACGAGAGCUACAUUCAAACCAUCCUUGCUAUGCUGGACCGGAAGGCGGUGGAGCCGCGCAGUGUGCUGUACGUGCACUGGUUCACGUCCUCGUCCAGCCACCCCAUGAGCUACAGCACGAGUCAAGUCACCAGGGAAUUCAUCCUCUCCUUGCAAGUACGUCCCCACCCCUCCAUCUCUUCACCUGCCUGCCAGUCCUUGAUGAGUCCUGUCUGUGCCUUUUGGUUCUGUCUUGACCGGUUCAACUGA